AUGCUGUAUUUAAAUGAAAAGUAGACAACAUUAACUCACUCUACUCUAAAUAUUUCCUUAUUUUACUAAUCAUAUAAGGUAGGAAUAUUUUAAGAAACUUAUUGGGAAAAUAAAAGAAGAAGUGUUUUAAACAGAAAUUAAAAAUAUUUUAGAUAACAUCUAAACACAUUAGAAAGUUAAUAAAAAGACUUUUAUGUCAAAAGAAUAAGUCCAAAUCAUUUUACGUUAACUAUUUUAAGAUUUUUAAUUUUAUUAAAAAUAUUUGAAAAAAGUAAUUCAUAAGCUAUAAUAGUUUAAUAUUUAAUUAUUGCAUCUAGCAUUAUCAAAGUUUAUAGCUUUAUUUCAAAAAAUGGCUAGUAUGAAACCUUCUAAUUAUAAAAUUACUUUUGGAUGAAUUACUUAGUGAUUAAUUAUUAUUUAAGAUAUCACUAUCUUAUAAUUAUUAGAAGAAAAAUGAGUAAGUUAUUUAUGAUAUUUAUAUUUUAAGAGCACCAUAGAAGAACUUGUAAUUAUUUAAUUUAGUUGACUGGCUAAAAGUUGAAAAUAUGGAAUUACAUGUAUUAAGAGGGUCAAAAGAAAGUUAUGAUGAAUAUACAGAAGAUAAAUAUUCCACAUAGAUUAUUAAAUCAUAAUAAAUAUAGAUAGAGGUAUUUUUGAAUUUGAAAUGA